AUGCUGAACACCUGGGUCUGGGGCACACUCACCUUGACCUUUGGCCUGCUUUCCAGUCUCCAAGGAGUAAGCGUCAACGAGACUGCAAACAUAUGUGACAUCUUAAGCUGCCCCGAAGGAUUCACAUGCUGUGACAAUGAAUGCUGCCCAGAAAGAAAGGUGUGGGAUUCUGCAAAUGACCCCUUCAGGAUCCUGUCCAUCAUCAUGUGUGCCAUUUUACCUGUGAUGUUCAUCUGUGCCCUAGUGAGCUGCAUAUAUUCCAAGUGCAGAGAUCUACAGCAUGAUGUCAGAACAUCGGAUCAUCAGGCUCCUCCAGAACCGCCCUCCAUUGCUCCCCUAGAGAGCAUUAGGGUCACCUCCUUUGAUCCACCACCACGCUACAGUCAGUUGGGUUUUCCUUUUCUCCUGCGGGUUGUUUUGAAACCAACUCACACAAAACCACCUCCUCUCUACAGCCCCAGGCCUGAGGGUCCUGCUGGCCAGAUAAGAGGGACUCUUUGA